AUUGUUCUUCAUCGCCAUCGCAGACAGUUGAAGUUGAAGAAGAAGAAGAAGACGCCGGCGUAUGCUGACUCUCUUCUUUCUCUCUGACUGCUCUUUCUUCCUCAUCUGCUUCCCCUUGCGUGCCAACUUCUAUCAACUGUCUCUUUCACUCCACUAUUCUUCGUCAUCUCCUUCUAGAAUUCAUAUUUUUCAUUCUUUUUAUUUUCACCAAUCUCUCUCUCUCUCUUCAUAUGCCCACCACUCUUCCCAAUAGGAAUUUUGUUCUUUGUAUUCUUCCCAAAAUCUGAUUCUUGGAAUCUCCAGAUCUUCUUUUUUAGCUUUUGUCUGAAAAAUGGGGGAUUCUUCACAGAGGAUAGGUGGAAGGCUAGGCGACUCAGGCGCGCUUGAGCUUACUGGGAAAGUCAUGGUGGUAGCAAUCAUAAGCAUUUUCUUUGCCGUCGCAUUCGUGUUCUUGAUCCAUUUUUACACCAGAUGGUUGGGUCGCCGUGACAGCAACGCCACCGCCACGCCGCGGCGGCGGCGGCGCCGCUUCGACUUCGCGGGUGGGUAUCAAGAAGAGGCGAACGCCGCCGCCCUCAGCCGGGGGCUGGACCCGUCAGUGCUGAAAACGAUCCCAGUGGUUAAAUUCAAUCCUAAAGAGUUCAAAGACGGAUUGGAAUGCGCGGUGUGUCUGAGCCAAGUCUCGGAGGGCGAAAAGACUCGACUUUUGCCGAAAUGCAACCAUGGGUUCCACGUGGAUUGCAUCGAUAUGUGGUUUCAUUCCCACUCCACUUGCCCUCUUUGUCGAAACCCGGUUUCGAAGCCCACAGAAGAGACCUCGGAAUCUGCUAAUUUGCCUGCGAAUGUUCUGUUCUGGGGAGAUCAAACUCGGGUCAGCACUUUAGGUCCUUGCUUGCAGGAGCCUCGGCAAGGUCCCAUUUCUGCACAACUCCCUUCAUCAUCAUCUUCUUCUUUAUCAUUAGCAGCGGGAAAAGAGCUGGUGAUUGAGAUUCCCAGGGAGAUUGGCGGGGAAGAGGAUGAAGAACACAAGUCUUCAACGAUGAGGUCAUUGAAGAGGCUGCUGAGCAGGGGGAAAAGGGUGACCCCCGGUAGUCCUAAUUUAGAUGUUGAAGAGGGUGGGAGAAGCCAAAGCUAGUAUGGGUUUAUUGUAUAUAGUUAUGAUGUUCAUUUAUUGGUUGAUUCUUGUUGCAGAUAAAGGAAAUUGGAGCCUUGUGUCUGCAUAUUUUAUAUGUGAGAUAUCUUAAUUAAUCUCAGUAUUAUCUGGAAUGGAUUGUUGAAUCAGUAGUAAGUUAGUAACCAAGAAACAUGGUACAAGAAUGUGGUGUUUUAUUAUGA